AUGCCUGUUAGGAACUUAACAAACAACCGAGAUGCCGACGAUAGUCGUCAUAUCCGUGGUGCCAAUGGGGAUAAUACCAGCGGUACUUUUUCGCCCUCCACGGAGGAACUUUCUGAACAUGGUGAGGACGGGUUCGAAGAUACUAGGGACGAUGCUUACAGUGCGUUGCUCCCCCCCAAUUUAACGAACCCAUUUUUGAACAGCAGUGAGGAGUCGUCUGCGAAUUCAGACAGUAACGACAAUGUCAAUAACAUUAACAGUGACAACUCUCUGCUGCCCGAUGAGCAACAUGAGAAGUUCGGCAGUCCGUACAGGGGUUACUACUCGAAGGAGGUGCCGAACCACAGCUACGAUAGCAGUUACACGAACUCGAACUCGAACAACACAGGGAACUCGCAUACGCUUCCAAACCGUGGGAAGAACAUGUCCACGUCGAAAUAUAUAAGCAACAUCCCGUUGAGCCAUAGCUUCAUCAAGGCACCGAAACCAUUUGACAGGUAUCCAACAGUCAGCAAUUCGAUCCCACCAUCGAUCGAUGCAAAAGUUGGGAACUUCAACGGAUCGUUAAACGUGGACGCAUUGAAGGAAUCGACCGGCGUCGGGUCUGGGUCUUCAUCAAAUUCGAAUAACCCGCUGCCAGAGUACGAUUUCUCACCGUUUGGUGGGUAUCCAACGUCCGCUUUCCCCUUAACAAUGGCGGAACACGAGGCAGAUGACUAUCUACAUAACCCAUUGCUAGAGGAGGAGGCAAGACUGGAUAGGAGGCGAAUCCUCGAGGAUAUCAAACACAUGAACAAACGAUCGUUCGGCGGAAUCGUUGGUAUAAUAUUCUUGUUCAGCGCCGCCAUCUGUGUCUUCGUUGUAUUGCCAGCGCUGACAUUCACGGGGGCCGUCUAUCACGAGGCUAGGAAACCGGUACUGAACGAGACUCUGAUACAGUACCUGACCCAGUACGAGUAUCCACAGUUGUCUGCAAUCAGAACCACUUUGGUCGAUCCAGACACACCAAGCUCCGCAAAGACGAGAAAAGCGAUGGACGGGUCCACGUGGCCACUUGUAUUUUCAGACGAGUUUAACGCAGAGGGGAGGACAUUUUUAGUGGGGGAUGACCAAUUCUGGACAGCACCAGAUAUCCACUACGACGCUACGAAAGAUUUGGAAUGGUACAGUCCAGACGCAGUCACUACCAAGAAUGGGACUUUGCAACUUCGUAUGGAUGCUUUCAAAACGCAUGGUUUGUUUUAUAGGUCAGGGAUGGUGCAGAGUUGGAAUAAGCUGUGCGUCAACGAGGGUGCCAUUGAAAUUUCGAUAAAUUUACCAAACUACGGGCACGUCACGGGUUUAUGGCCUGGGUUGUGGACUAUGGGUAACCUGGCAAGACCUGGGUAUCUGGCAAGCACAGACGGUGUAUGGCCAUACUCGUAUAAUUCAUGCGAUGCCGGUAUAACGCCUAACCAGAGCUCCCCAGAUGGGAUAUCAUAUCUGCCCGGUCAGCGGUUAAGUGCAUGCACGUGUGAUGGGGAGGAUCAUCCUAACCCAGGCAUUGGGAGAGGCGCGCCGGAAAUUGAUAUCUUGGAAGGUGAGGUCGAUACCGUGCUUGGGGUUGGUCUGGCCUCCCAGUCUUUACAAGUGGCACCCUUUGAUAUAUGGUACAUGCCGGAUUAUAACUUCAUUGAAAUCUACAAUUUCACGACCACUACGAUGAACGGAUACUGUGGUGGUCCAUUCCAGCAGGCCGUGUCUGCUGUAACUAGUUUGAAUACAAGCUGGUACCAAUUCGGACCCGACGCUGGAUCGUUUCAGACAUUCGGCUUGGAAUAUAGGAAUGAUGAUACUGACGGGUAUCUCCAAUGGAGUAUUGGUAACAAACCAACUUACACAAUACACGCAACAACGUUGCACCCAAAUGGUAACAUCAACUGGAGACAAAUAAGCAAAGAGCCAAUGUCUAUCGUUAUGAAUUUGGGUAUCUCCAACAACUGGGCCUAUAUCGACUGGAGAUCCAUUUUCUUCCCAGUAACUUUCUCGAUUGACUUUAUUAGAAUUUACCAACCUACAGAUGCGACAUCUCUCACGUGUGAUCCUCCUGACUAUCCUACCUACGACUACAUCCAGGGCCAUUUAUUGGCUUAUACUAAUCCUAACCUCACACAUUGGGACCAAGCGGGAUUUUCAACUCCAAAGAAUAUUCUAACGGGGAAGUGUAAAAGUUCUAACUUCAAGGGAAACUGA